AGGGGCAGGCAGGGGCGGCCAACCAGGGAUCGCACGCGCUCCUCGCGGUCGUGGCUCUUUCCUCAUUCGCUCCCGCGCGCUCUCGCACUCGCCGGCGCCGGCACGGCGAAACCCAUCCGGCCAGCCCGCUUGGCCCCGUGGCCCUCGCCUGCCGGUGGCCGCCGUCGGUCCGUUGCCCUUGCAGGCAGCCUGCCGGAGCCCCGCGUCGCCACUUGCCGGCAGCAAGGUUACUUGAUUCUGCUGAUCACUAACGGUGGUGUCGACAGCAAGACUCAACUACUCGGCGGUGGUGAUGGCGGCGGCCGGUGGCGGAGGAGGAAGCGGAGGGGGAGGCACCACAUCCGGCUGUGGUCUGAAGCGCCGCUAUGCACCACGCGACCAGGAGGAGGAGACGAUGAAUCAAGAUCAGCCUUCUAAGGAAGAUUGGUGUGGGCGAAUUUGGAAUGGGAUGGACUUGCUCAAGGACGCCACUGAAAACAAGCAUGUCCUCCCUACUGGACUAGAAGGCAUCGACACACUUCUUGGAGGUGGCCUGCGCCAAGGUCAGCUGACAGAGGUUACUGGACCAUCAUCUUCUGGUAAAACACAGGUCUGUCUACAUUCUGCUUCACAUGCUGCAGUGAAGCAUAUGGGUGUGGUUAUGUACUUGGAUACUAGUAAUUCCUUCUCUCCUAGCCGCAUUGCCACCAUAAUUGAUGGAACUAACCUAUCUGAUCAAAGAGGUUUUGACUUGCCGCCUAAGGAGAGGCUCAAGACUCUGAUGAAAAGCAUCAUCUGUGAGUCUGUGUUUGAUAUAUUUGGUAUGUUUGAUAUAUUACAUCAACUUGAAGUCUCUCUACUGAGUGACAAGGUAAAAAGUGGUGGUAAGAAAAUUUGCUUACUUAUCAUUGACUCGAUAUCAUCCUUACUUGCUCCCAUCAUUGGAGGCAAGUAUCCACAAGGGCGGUCAAUGAUGAUAUCAGUGGCGAUGAUCCUUAAGAAGUUAGCCUAUGAGCAUAAUCUAUCUGUUCUGGUAACCAAUCAUAUGGUUUCUGCUGGCAAUGGAGCUGUCAAGCCUGCUCUUGGUGAGAGCUGGAAAGCUGUUCCACAUGUCCGCCUGGUGAUAUCUCGUGAACACGAUAGUAAUAUCUGCACAGCAACUGUGCUGAAGCACACACAACUGGCUUCUGGCCGUACUACAAAAUUUGUGAUACCCAGCUAACCUUUCGGACGAGGUGAGAUAGAUUUGGCGUUAAGGACUGAGACGAUUGGUGGUUCAUGCCCUACCCACAGUGAAUAUUUCUCUUUUCUUUUUGGUUGUACAUACAUGGACAUGGUGUAUAUUGUAUAUUUGUAUGCCCCAUGAGGCAGAGCAGGAUAUGUGUAUAUGUACUAGGUUGUUGGAGACUUGGGAUUGAGAUAUCUUAUUUUGUCGGGGUUUUGCAUGGUUACCAUCACUUGGGAAUUUUCUCUCUUUUCCUCUCGUCACCAUUGUGUAGUGGGACUAGAGGCUCAUGUUGAGUUUCAAUUGUAGGCUACCUCAACUUGCUUGGGACUAAGGCCUUGUUUAGUUUGAGAAAAAUUUUGGAUUUUGAUA